AUGUCUCCUUACUGUUUGGUAUUUGGCAAACCAUGUCAUCUUCUAGUAGAAUUGGAACACAGAGCAUAUUGGGCUAUCAAGCAAUGCAAUGUGAGUAUGGAUGAGUCCGGAGAGCAAAGAAAAUUGCAAUUGCAGGAACUAGAAGAAAUUUGUAAUGAUGCAUAUGAGAGAAAGUUUCGUUCUAGAUGGGUGGGACCUUUUAUUGUCACCAAUGUGCUUCCUCAUGGUGCAGUUGAAAUACUGAGUUUGGAUACUGCUAAAAAAUUUAAGGUCAAUGGGCAUCGUCUAAAACCUUUUUAUGAAGUUUUUCAAGUGCUUAAUGUUGAUCAAAUGACUUUGGAAUGUCCAACUUAUGAGAAUUGA